AUGGUGCAGGGCAUUGCGGUGCGGCACCAGCAUCACCACGCGUCCUCGCGUCAUAGUGGACUUGGGCUAGACGAAGAUUCAUCAGACGAAUCGCUCGGCCCGAAGAUCUCGGACAUGAUACCGCCACGUUUCCCCGAGCCAUUCAACCUGGAUCUUGCAGUUUUGCCCCGGGUGACCCGGAGGCAGGAGGCGCCGCCCUGA